GGAUAUACAUGUUCUGUCUUUAAAUUUGAACAUGCGCUUGAAUCAUGCAAAUCUUGAAAAUGCUAAUUUUGCAAAAUUCUUGAUGGAGAUUGGGACCAAUCCUCAGGAAAUUGUUAAACUUCCAUCAACAAUACACAAAUGCCAAGAUCUAAAAGACAUAAUCUCAGUAGUUUAUCCGCAACUGGAUGUGGCAAUGACAUCGACUGCAACAUUUUUAACUGAACGUACAAUUCUUUCUGCACGGAAUGAUGAUGUCAGUGCUAUCAAUACUGCAGCAUUGAAUAUUUUUCCCAGCAACACACAUACUUAUUUGGCAGCAGACAAGAUGUCUGAAGAUGAUGAAAUUGAUCGUGCUAUAAUAAAUAGAUAUCCUAAUGAAUAUUUAAAUUCAUUAGAUCCUCCUGGGAUACCGGCUUUUAAGGUAGAGUUGAAAGUGGGUUGUCCUAUAAUGUUGUUAAGAAAUAUUGCACCAAAAGAUGGACUGUGCAAUGGCACAAGAUUGAUGGUUUCUAGAUGCAAUACUCGCAUAAUUGAAGCUCAAAUUUUAAAUGGAGAAAAAUGUGGCAAUUUGGUAUUCAUACCAAGGAUAUCCUUGACACCGUCUUCUUCAGAAAUGCCUUUUCGAAUGACAAGACGUCAAUUUCCAGGCCAUCUGUGA